UUCACUGUGCGCGCCGCCGUUCCUGCGGAAUUCAGGAGGCUGUGGUCGGACUGCGAAAAGCUGCCACCUUGAAAAUAAUGAACAACAAAUUUGACGCUCUGAAAGACGAUGACAGUGGAGACCACGACCAGGAUCAAGGCUCACCGAAAGACGGUGAGAAGGAAAAAACCGAAGACGAAGACAAGGAACAGAACAUUUCCAAGAAAAAGAUGGUGGUACCAGGGGCAGGAGAGCACCCUCUUCAAUAUAACUACACCUUCUGGUACUCCAGACGCACCCCAGGGAGACCAGCCAGUACCCAGAGCUAUGAGCAGAACAUCAAACAGAUUGGCAGCUUCGCCUCGGUGGAGCAGUUCUGGCGUUUCUAUAGUCACAUGAUCCGGCCAGGUGAUCUAACAGGCCAUAGCGACUUCCAUCUUUUCAAGGAAGGCAUCAAACCUAUGUGGGAGGAUGAUGCCAAUAAGAUGGGUGGUAAGUGGAUCAUCCGUCUGAGAAAAGGCCUGGCGUCUCGAUGCUGGGAGAACCUGAUCCUGGCUAUGCUGGGGGAGCAGUUCAUGGUUGGAGAGGAGAUCUGUGGGGCUGUGGUAUCAGUACGCUUCCAGGAGGAUAUCAUCUCCAUCUGGAACAAAACAGCAAGUGACCAGGCGACCACGGCCCGCAUCAGAGACACCCUGCGCAGAGUCCUCAACCUGCCUCCCAACACCAUCAUGGAGUACAAGACACACACAGACAGCAUUAAGUAUAGCAUGGGAAGACUUCCAUGGUCUGGUGAAUGCUAGCGGUGGACGUUAAGCUCCUGGCACAGUGAACCUCUGCAAGGGUGUGUGUAUAUGUGAUGUGCUGAGGGAUGACAAGUCCAGGGACAGAUACCUCUGCGUGGAUUGGCACUGUAAUUUGGAGACAGAGCAAAGGUCAGGAACAGAGGCAAGAGACCACUCCUCCUUUGUGUCAUAUUGGAAAUGAAGAGAGAACCCGUUCAACAGAACACUGAACCAAGCCGAAGAGAGAAAUAUGCGUUAUUUUUAAUCAACCAGAGAAGACUGAAGCCUCAGAUUUUUUUUUCCUUCAUUUAUUUUUUUUAAUGCAAGUUGUAACAUCUUUUAACUUGCCACCAGAGGGAGGUCAUGUGACUGGUGUUUGCUGAUCUGGUCAAUAGCUAUCGACAAAGUGUACAUGACAAAAUACAUCAAAACCAAUCUAGAUCUGAUUUUAUUGUUUAACAAAACAUUGCACGUCCUUCUGUUAAAGUAAGUGUACAGUAAACUGUUUUAUUGGGACUCAAACAGGGUUGCAGGUAGAAGGUAUUUUAUUACUGUGCUGUAUUUUAACUACAAUUCCUCUGGACAUUUCGAGCUAGAACUAUUACUAUAAUUGUGUACGAUAUAUUUGUAAAUGCUGUCCAUUUCAAAGAUCACUUAACUGAAUCAGCAAUGAUUCUCCAUCUUUGACCUGGAAGUUGAAUCCCAAAGGAUGAUGACCAUCCUGUGUUGGGCAGAAGGUUGCAUAACAGGCAUCUUAUGAAUGGACUGCCAAGCUGCCUAAAUCACUGUGCCUGGCCUUGAGCCCGACCGGAACCAGGUCUCCCUUCUGUCAGUGUUGUCUUUACCUUGCCUACAAAGAAUCCAAUGGGCUCUGCUUUAAUGUCCUCAACUUAUAGUUGUUAACGGCGGUCUGAAACGCUGACCUUCACUCCCUUUUUCAUUUUGUAGUACAAGAAAUGAGACUGGGCCCAGGGUCAGGGUCUGUUACAGUUUUCAUCUAUUCCUUGGGAGCAUUUUUUUUGGAACCAUAUCAAGAAAAGCUCCUGUAGUUUGUUGAGAAACUGUAAUGCUACCCCAUGUUUGGUGGUGUGAUGAUGGGUGCAGGUGUGUGUCAAGAGUGGAAAAGCACUGUUGGAAGUACACCUGAUGGAUUAUAGCAAUAAAUGUCAAAUAUGCAUCUGCUGCUAAAA